AUGCGCCCCCUUCUUCGCCUCGCCCGUCCACGCGCUCCCCUCCCCACACCACUACGCAGGUGCUACGCCACAGCUUCCGACGUCAGGAAUCCCCCUUCCUCGCCGUCUCGUCCCGACAACUACGUCCGACUCGUCGAGGUCGGCCCUCGAGAUGGCCUCCAGAACGAGAAGAAGUCGAUCCCGUUCGAGACCAAGAUCGAGUUGAUUGAGCGGCUUGCCAAGACCGGCGUUUCUUAUAUCGAGGCGGGCUCUUUUGUCUCCCCAAAGUGGGUGCCUCAGAUGGACAACUCUGGCAAGAUCAUGGAGCACAUCCUGACCAAAAAGAUUGCCUCUCCAACACCAAUUACAUAUUCAUUCCUGGCACCAAACGCGAAAGGCGUCGAGAACGCCAGCGCCCUCUUACAGCAGCAUCAGGACUCCUUCCUCACACAGACACAGGCCCAAGUCGGCCUCGACACGACAGGGAAGCCUUCCAUAGAGCUCGCCGUCUUCGCCGCGGCGACCGAGAGCUUCUCAAAGAAGAACCUGAACUGCGACAUCGCCACGUCGCUCGAGCGGUUCAAGCCCGUCAUCCAGGGCGCCAAGGAGCUCGGCGUACGAGCACGCGCCUAUAUCUCCGUUGUCCUGGGGUGCCCCUUUGAGGGCUACGAUGUGGACCCGCACAAGGUAGCUGAGAUCGCAGCAUCCCUCCUCGAGAUGGGCGCAGACGAGAUCUCCCUCGGCGACACGACGGGCAUGGGCACGGCGCCGAGGACGCAGGAGCUCCUGCGCUGCAUGAACGCUGCCGGCAUCCGCAACGAGGACAUUGCCAUGCACUUCCACGACACGUAUGGGCAGGCCCUCGUCAACACUGCCGUCUCGCUCGAGCGUGGAAUCCGCAUCUUUGACAGCUCCGUCGGCGGUCUCGGUGGUUGCCCUUACAGUCCCGGCGCGACUGGAAAUGUUGCCACGGAGAACAUGGUCUACUUCCUGGAGACCCUAGGUAUGGACUCUGGAAUCGACCUUGAUGCCAUGGCCGAUAUUGGGCAGUGGAUCACCGCAGAAAUUGGCAAGCCUAAUGAUUCAGCGGUUGGCAAAGCUGUCUUGGGCGCGCGUGGCAGAGCGAAUGCUUGA